UCCUCGUGGGCGGGGUCUAGUGCGUCUGGAACUCGCACGCAAAUUAACGGGGUAUGUUCCCGUUUCCGGAAGAAGUUGUGAUGCGACUAGACUAGACCUUGCUCAGCUUAUAAACUUAUACUAGAAGAAACACGCAAUCUAGAAUCAUGUCUAAAAUAGAGAAGAUGAGCAUCCAAGGGGUGAGAAGCUUUGGAAUAAAUGAUAAAAACAAACAAGUUAUUCAGUUCUUCACCCCUCUAACCAUUUUAGUCGGACCCAAUGGAGCAGGGAAAACGACUAUAAUUGAGUGUCUCAAGUAUAUGACUACAGGAGAUUUCCCAUCAGGAUCCAAAGGAAAUACAUUUGUGUAUCAUCCUAAGUUGGCUCAUGAGACAGAUGUCCGUGCACAGAUUUGUUUGCAACUCAAAGACGUUAAUGGAGAACCUGUGGCUGUUCAGCGUUCUAUCAUCUGCAGGCAGAAAGGAAAGUCAACAGAAUGUAAAACAGUAGAUUGCGUUAUAACCAGAAUUAAGCAUGGAGGGCCAGUCAGUCUAAGACCAAAAUGUGAAGAAAUGAAUAAGGAAAUGAUCAGUGCAUUAGGAGUCUCUUCAGCAGUCCUGAAUAAUGUAAUAUUCUGUCACCAGGAGGAUUCCAAUUGGCCUCUGAGUGAAGGAAAGCGGUUGAAAGGAAAGUUUGAUGAAAUAUUCUCAAUAACAAGGUAUAGUAAGGCUUUGGAAACCUUAAGGGACGUUCGUAUGAAAGAAGAUCAGAAUGUGAGUAAUUAUCAGGAAGAAAUCAAAUAUCUGAAAGAGAACAAGGAAAAGGCAAGGGAAAUUCAAGAUAAUCUUCAGAGCAAAGAGAAACAGCUAACAGUUUCCAAAGAAAAUGUAAAAUCUAUUGAAAGUCAACUUGAGCCACUUAAGGAUCGCCUGGCAGACAUACAGAGAAACCUUUUUAAAGUGAUAAGACUUGAGAAUGAGAUAAAAGCUUUAGAGAGCCGUAAGAGAACUAUGGAGCAGGAUAACCAAGAUUUAAUGGAGAAAAUGGAGAAGGUCUUCCAAGGUACAGAUGAAGAACUCAAUGAAAUGUAUCAAAAUCAGUGCUUUGUAAGGGAAAAAGAAAGAAAGCUAAAUGAUCACCAGCGUGAAAUGGACAGAGCUUGCAAAGAGUCCCAAAGGCUUAAUAGGGAAAAAGGAGAACUGCUGGUUCAGCAAGGACACCUGCAGCUGGAGGCAGAUAAUCAUCAGCGAUACAUUAAGACACGAGACUCUCUAAUCAAGUCUUUGGCGGUACAGUUAGAACUUGAUGGUUUUGAGCUAACUCCAUUUAACCAGAGGCAAACAAGCAACUUUCAGAUGUUGGUGAAAGAAAGGCAAGAAGAGGUUGAGGCCCAUGCAAAUCAGAUCUUGAGAGAGUUUUCAGAAAGGGAGGCUAUGCAGCAGAGGCAAAUCGAUGAAAUUAGAGACAAGAAAACUGGUCUUGAAAGAACUAUUGAGCUGAAAUCCUCUACAGAGAGCAAAAAGCACACAGACCUAAAGAAAGUCAAAUAUGACCUUCAGCAGUUGGAAGGAACCUCUGAUAGGCUACAUGAACUAGAUGAAGAGCUUCAGAAAACUGCGCAUGCACUGGAGAAUGUGGAAAAGAGCUGCAACUUGGAAGCAUUGAAAGGGGAAGUUGUCCAACUACAGACCCAAAAGUCUGAGCUGGACAGAAAUGUGCGGGAGCUGGAUCAGGAAAUGGAGCAGCUAAACAAACACACGAUGACAAGAACCCAAAUGGACAUGCUAAAGAAUGACAAAGCAGACAAAGAUGAACAAAUAAGAAAAAUGAAAUCUAGACACAAUGAUGAGUUGAUUUCAUUAUAUGAGUAUUUUCCAAAUAAGAAGCAACUUGAAGACUGGCUAUAUUCCAAAAGGGAAGAUAUCAAUCAGACUCGAGACAAACUGGCAAGACUUACUAAGGAAUUAGUAGCAGCUGAGCAGAACUCAAAUCACCUGAGCAAUGAGCUUUGCCAAAAAGAAAAACAGUCUGCCUCAUUUGAAGAGAAGGUCUUUGAUGUGUGUGGCAGCCAGGACUUCAACAGUGAUCUGUCACAGCUCCUGGAGGAUAUAGAGAAAACUUCUAAACAGAGAGCCAUGCUUGCUGGUGCAACAGCAGUUUACACACAGUUUAUUACCACGCUGACCGAGGAAAACCAGCCCUGCUGCCCUGUUUGUCAAAGAACAUUUCCCUCAGAAGCAGAGGUGCAGGAUGUAAUUAAUGACAUGCAGUCCAAGCUGUGCCUGGUUCCUGACAAGCUGAAGGCAGCCGAAGAUGAAUUAAAAAGAAAAGAAAAGAGGAAGGAUGAAAUGAUGGAACUGAAGCCAAUGAGACAAAUGCUUUCAGACCUAAAAGAAAAAGAAAUCCCAGAGAUAAGAAACAAGCUAGAGGCAAUAAACAGAGAAAUAAAACGACUGCAAAAUGAUGUAGAAGAGCAGGAAUCUCUCAUUGUCACAUUUGUAUCUGAAGAGGCGCGUGCCGAAGCCUGUUUGCAGGACAUCUCCCUCAUGGAACAAUAUCAGAUGGAACUUAGAGAUGUGGACCAGAAAAUAGCACACUAUGCUACUAAACUACUGGGGGUGGACCUUAACCGCACUGUGCAGCAGGUUAACCAAGAAAAACUGGAGAAGCACCACAGCCUGGAUAAUGUUUCUAGAAGAAUUGAGCUUUUGCAAAACCACUUACAAAAUCAGCAAGAACAAGUCCAGCAACUGAAAAGUAGAGUGAAUGAGCUAACAGCAGAAAAGCUUCACAUUUCAAGUAAUCUUCAGCAGCGGCAACAGUUGGAAGAGCAAAAUGUCGAGCUGACGACUGAGCUUCAUUGUUUGUCCAUAGAGAUAAAGGAAUCUAGGGAGCAGGUUUUCCCACUGGAAUCCACUUUACAGAAACUUCAACAAGAAAAGCAGGCGCUUCUACAGAGGAAGGAAUCAAGCUACAGAGAGGCACAGGAAAAAGUUAAUGACAUUAAGGAAAAAGUGAAAAAAAUCAAUUUGCAUACAAAGGAUAUUGAAAAGUAUAUUCAAGACGGAAAGGAGGAAUUUAAGGAGCAAAAAGAAUCCGAGCUACAAGAAUUAACUGUGAGACUGAAUGAGUGCGAAGAGCUGAAGGAAAAAAUAAACAGAGAGAUGGUCACUAUUAGGCAGGAUAUCGACACGCAGAAAAUACAAGAAAGAUGUCUUCAAGACAACUUAACUUUGAGAAAACGGAUAGAGGAGCUUAAACAGGUGGAGGAAGAACGAGACCAACUUCUCAAAGAAAUGGGACAAAUGAAAGUCACGCAAAUGGAAAAGGAAUAUCAAGAGCUGGAAAACAAAAGGGAAACUCUGAAAACUAACCACAGCCUAACACUUGGACGACAGAAAGGAUUUGAGGAUGAGAUUUUACGCUUCAAGAAUGAAUUAAAUGAGCCAAAGUACAAAGAUGCUGAAGAAGAAUACAGAGAGAAAAUGAUUGUAAUGAGAACAACUGAGCUUGCCAUCAAAGAUCUGGAUAUUUAUUUUAAAACAAUGGACCAAGCGAUAAUGAAGUUCCAUAGCAUAAAAAUGGAGGAAAUCAACAAAAUUAUCCGUGACCUGUGGUGUAGUACAUACCGAGGCCAAGAUAUUGAGUAUAUUGAAAUCCAGUCAGAGCCAGAUGAGGGUAUUUCCGCAGCAGAUAAUAGACGAACAUACAACUAUCGUGUAGUCAUGAUUAAAGGCGACACUGAACUGGAUAUGCGAGGACAUUGUAGUGCCGGACAAAAGGUCCUGGCAUCCCUUAUCAUUCGCCUGGCAUUGGCAGAAAUUUUCUGCUCGAAUUGUGGGGUUCUUGCUCUUGACGAACCUACUACCAACUUGGAUCAUGAAAAUAUUGAUUCUCUGGCACAUGCGCUAGUUGAGAUCAUAAAGAGUCGCUCCAGACAGAGGAACUUUCAGCUUAUUGUUAUAACACACAAUGAGGAUUUUGUGGAACUUCUUGGACGCUCAGAGUACGUGGAGCAUUUUUAUAGGAUUAAAAAGAACAUAGACCAGUGCUCUGAAAUCAUCCGGUGCAGUGUCAGCUCUCUGGCAUCCUAUCUUCAUUAGUCCAUCCCAUGCAGAGGCCACUGACAAAAAGGAUCUGUGUGUCUCAGAUGCAAAUGAUGUACAACAACUGUGUAUUACUUUUUGUCGGCACGACUGGUAUAACUCUGCUGCAAACAUAAUCUGUACUCGCAUUUACAGUAGGUUGUUUGUAAACUUUACAGCUAUGUAAUAUUUUGUAAUAUAUAUAUAUAUAUAUAUAUAUAUAUAUAUAUAUACAGUUCAGGCUGUGGUGCACUCCAAUCCAGCAGAGUUUUACUGCCUGGGUGCUGUCAUAUAUAGUGUAGAUAGUCGUAUUCCAAUGAAUGACGCACUCCAGGACUUCAUAAUGAGAUCAAGCAAAGUGA